UAUCCUUCUUCGUCUUUCUCCAGUUUCUCCUUUUCCCCCGUCACUGAUCCAUAGCGGUUUUCUUCAGCCUCUGCUUCAGUCCAAAGCCAUAGUUCACAGCUUUGCUUCAGCCCAUCCCUUUGUGGAGCAGCCAUUGGAGAUUGUUAAGGAUUUUGAUCUGAGCAACAGUGCCAUAAAUAGAAAGAAGAUGUGGGUUCCUUUCGUUAUCGCUACCAGUACUUGAUGACCACUUCAUUGCUUUUAUCCCAAAACUUAGGACUCAUCAACCAAACUUCCUUUCGUCGGAAUUCGCUUGCUUCCUCCAAUUUCCUGCCCCGGGGGAGUCAUUUGGAGAGGAAGUAUGGUGGGUUCGUCCCGAAUUGCAAGGAGAAUGGGAAGAGACAAUCAAAGAAGACGAGGGGAAGGAGGAGGAGCUGGUGGCAGAGGUUUUUCUUCGACGAUGAGGGAAAUUGGCUGGGUUUGAAGGAAGAUGAUAUGUUAGAAGAUCAGGUGACUGAAGAAGGUUCUUCGAGUGACGAGGUGGAGGAGAAGUUGUCGGAAGCGGAGAAAUUCGAUGCUUGGAAGAGGAGAGCGGAAGCGAUUGUGGAGUUGAGGGAAGCCCAAGAGGACAUGUUGAAUGAGGAGAGCAGAAGAUGGGAGGAUUGGAUUGUUGAUGACGUGGGGAGUUCAAGUGAUGGUUAUUAUGGCAAUGGUUCUUGGUGGAGUCCACGGGAGCUCAAUGGAAAUGGCGGCGGCAUUGGGAAUAGGUCAGGGGGAGAAGAGUCGGAGUUUGAUCCUAGUGACUUGGUGCCGCGGAACGAUUUUGUUCAAUCUGUUAAGGAAAUGGUUCUGGGGAAGGACGAUGAAGAUUUGCUUUAUGAAGAUCGCGUUUUUCGAUUUGCUUCUUUGAAUUCAGUGGCAAAAUAUUUGGCAGUACUGAUUCUCAUUCCGUGGGUUCUUGACUUCGCGGUUCAUGACUAUGUUCUCAUGCCCUUUCUGGACAGAUAUGUGAAGACUGUGCCACUUGCAGCAGAAAUGCUUGAUGUCAGAAAAGAUCAAAAGCUUGAGAUGGUGAAGGAACUGAGAAAGGAAAAAGCCAGAUUGCGACUUGAGGUAGAGAUGGGUGUAGCUCCACCACUUUCGGAUGAUGAAGUUUGGUUGGAGUUGCGUCACAAAGCGUUAGAGUUACAAGAUGAGUGGAGGUUAGAAAAUCGUACCGCAUUCGCAAACAUAUGGUCCGAUAUGGUAUUUGGGAUCUCAUUGUUCUUGCUUUUGUACUUCAAUCAGAAUAAAGUAGCUUUGUUGAAGUUCACAGGAUACAAAAUACUUAAUAAUGUAACUGAUACAGGGAAGGCAUUUAUGAUUAUACUCAUCACAGAUAUUUUUUUAGGGUACCAUUCGGAAUCUGGCUGGGAGACGUUGUUGGAAGUAUUUGUUGAGCACUAUGGGCUUCAAGUUGAUCCGUCCACUAUCACCAUUUUUGUCUGCUUUGUUCCUGUUGUCAUUGAUGCAUGUGUGAAGCUUUGGAUGUUCAAGUUCCUGCCAAGAUUAUCACCAAAGGUGGCGAACAUAUUUCAAGAAAUGAAGCGUCACUAGAGAAAAUGCAACCUCUGCAGAGAAAUGAUGCUGAACUGGAAACAUGAUCUGUUCUUUUGCUCUUUUACCUCAUCAGGGUAGACAAGCUAGGUAAUAAACAAUCUACUGUACCUCAAUUCUUUGCCUUCACCGCAGCUACCAAGGUACAUUGUUGGUUCAUAGCCUGGCCAGUUUUCUGCUAUAGUAUCUGCAGCACUGUAGAAUGGAUGAAACUGUUCUCAGGGGGGGGAGUACAAAUAGUACAUUAGAAGGCCACUACAAUUGUCCCAAAUGGGAUGUACAGAAACGUCAUUAUGAUUUCUUCAUACCCUUUUGGCUGAUACUGCAGCUGCUUUUGUUUAGUGGGAGGUGUAUCAUUAUACAAGUGACCUUCAAAGUUCCUGUUGGUUUGGGGAUGUACGCGAAAUAGAAAGAAGUUAUGAAUAUGUGAAAACUGAUGAAGUAUCAAGGCCAACGAGAGAGUGACCGAACGGUAGAGUAGUUUACUUCUGAUUUUGGGUAUGAAUCUUAACUAUAUUGAUUAAUGUUGUACUCCACACAGAUCUAACUUCCUAUUCACUCAUGGAAUCCAAGCAUUGCUAUCUUUCGAGCAUUGUUUAGGUUCGCUUGCAAUGGGAGGAUAAAAUGGAGCACCUAACAGAACCAAAUUCUUCCUCCAUUUUUGUAACCAGAGAGCAUUGAAAUUUUAAAAGCUAUAGGGUUGGGUUGGUCCUCUCCUGUCUCCUUUGUGGGCAUCUCAAGCACAAACUUUCUGUGGUCCACAUUGCGCC